GAGAAAUUGGACGAACUGGCAACUUCAAGGGUACUGAAGGAGCAUGUAUAUAAAGGUUGUGGCUUGGUAUUGGAAUACAGAAUACUAAUAACCAAUCCUCUCAUACCAACCCUCAAGUAAACAAAAAUGCACGCAGCCAUCCUGAAGGCGACGCUCCUGGCGGUGCUGCUGGCCGUGAGUGCCGCUCGGCCCGACAAAGCCCCCGUGGGCGCGGAGCCAGUGGGAGCGGCGGGAGCCACGCCGAACCAGAGGUUCCUUCCGGGACUCGAUCACCUCCUCUUGAAGCCCUUCCUCGGACUCUUCGGCGGAGGACUCGGCGGAGGCUACGGAGGACUCGGUGGAGGCUACGGAGGACUCGGUGGAGGUUACGGAGGGCUCGGUGGAGGCUACGGAGGAGGCUACGGAGGGGGCUAUGGAGGAGGCUACGGAGGAGGCUACGGAGGAGGAUACGGAGGAGGCUACGGAGGAGGCUACGGGGGCUCUCCAUAUGGCGGGUACCCUGGUGGCUACUCUCCCUACUACGGCUGAGCGAGAGGAAGUCUGAUAUAUAUAUUUCUAUAUAUAUGUUGCAAUGCGGUGAUUACUAAUAAUAUUAAUAAUUUAUAACCGAGUGUACAAGAGUUCUUACGAGAGCGUGUGUUGGAACAAAAGGGGCCUCAAACGGUCUCUUGAAGUCCGUGUGUAUGAUUGUCAAGAAAUAUAUUUAUAUGAACAUGUCA